AUGAGCGCUGCAACCGACUACACCUUCCAGGGCUGGGUGGCCCUGGACAAGAACUCUACGGGCAACCUGGAAUGGCAGACGUUUGAGCCCAAGGCCUGGGAGGAGACGGACGUCGACAUCAAGAUCACCCACUGCGGCAUCUGUGGCUCCGAUCUGCACACGCUUCGCAGCGGCUGGGGCCCGACAAAGUACCCGUGUGUGGUAGGCCACGAGAUUGUCGGCACGGCCGUGCGCGUAGGCUCUGAGGUGAAGCACAUCAAAGUCGGCGACCGCGUCGGCGUGGGCGCGCAAGCGGACUCGUGCCGCAACCGUAAGGGGUCCUGCCGGGCUUGUUCGACCGGCCGCGAAAAUCUCUGCGGCACACAUGUGGGCACCUACAACUCGGUCUUCUACAACGGCGGCAAGUCCUACGGCGGCUAUGCUGACUACAACCGCUCUCCGGGCCACUUUGUCAUCCCCAUCCCCGAUGGCGUCACCUCGUCCAAUGCGGCGUCUAUGAUGUGCGGCGGUGUCACCGUCUUCACGCCUCUCAAGAACAGCGGCUGCGGCCCGGGAAAGCGCGUCGGUGUCAUCGGUGUCGGUGGCCUAGGCCAUUUUGCCAUUCUCUGGGCCAAGGCCAUGGGCGCCGACCGCGUCGUCGGCAUCUCGCGCCGCAACGACAAGCGCGCCGAUGUGCUCAAGCUCGGUGCCGAUGAGUACAUUGCCGUCGCCGAGGAAGCCGACUGGGCCAAGACCCAUGCCUCCAGCCUCGACAUCAUCGUCUGCACCGUCGCCUCGACCGAUAUGCCUCUGCGCGAGUACUUGGCCCUGCUUGACAUCGACGGCCGCUUCGUCCAGGUCGGCAUCCCGGAGGGCCUGAUGCCCCCCAUCGCCGCUACUGAUCUCGUCCUGAAGAAUGUGUCGAUCGGGGGCGGCAUGAUCGGGUCGCCCGCCGACAUCCGCGAUAUGCUGCAGCUGGCUGUCGACAAGAACGUCCAGCCCUGGAUCGAGGAGCGCCCCAUGGAUGAGGUCAACCAGGCUAUCCUCGACAUGGACAAAGGCCUCGCCCGAUACCGCUAUACCCUCGUUAACGAGAAGCACCUGUGA